AAUCAUUUUCUCUUGUGUGAAGCUGUAAUGCCUCUUCUGCAAGCUAGUGCAUGUGUUGGGUAGCUCUGGGAUUUAACCCUCUUUAAUGCUUCUUCUCACCCUUUAAAUGCCUAGAAUCACCUCACACAUUCCCAAGCCCCACUCCCCCCACCCUCCUCAACCCCCUCUUUCCUUUCCUCACCGGCACUCUUCUUCUUCUCCCCCCUCACCUCCUUUCUCUCUCAAUUUCCAUCCAACCCAAGAUGAAGGGGUGCUUUUCCUGCCUAGAAAAUAUGGUUUUGAGGUGUAGAGAGGCUGUUUCGUUCCGGGUCUUAUCCCAAACGAGGGAUUCUGGAAAUGGGUUGGUGUUCAGAGUGAUGAAGAGCGCUGUCUUCGCUGCCUUCACCUGCAUUUUUGCCCUAGGAGGAGCAGUCGUGGGUACAAUCACAGGAGCCAUCAAAGGCCAAACCACAGAAACCGGCUUCUUUCGUGGGUCCGGAAUAGGUGCGGUGACAGGGGCCAUAACAGCCCUUCAGCUGCUUGAAUCAGUCGCUGCUGGCGAGUCAUUGUCUAAGGCAGCUUUGUUAUGUAGCCUAGUGAAUGGGAAGGUGUUCAUGGAAUGGGUGAGUCCUGCAGUGCUAAAAGCUUAUCAAUGGCAAAUUAGCACAUUGGAAACAAAUUAUGGAGAGACUGAGGACUUUUACAACAUCAGUGGAGCCAAAGGGCUGCCUCAUAAUUUCAUUGAAAAGCUUCCCAAAUCAAACUUUUGCCCUAGCACUGCAGAAAUGUAUAAUGAAAUCAGUUGUACCAUUUGCUUGCAGGAUUUCAAGGAUGGAGAGAUGACAAGAGGGCUUCCAAGUUGCAGGCACUACUUUCAUAUGGAAUGUGUAGAUCAAUGGCUAACCCUACAUGGGUCUUGCCCCAUGUGUAGAAAAGAUGUUUGUAUGGACACUUGAUUAAGCCACAAAAUCACAAUGAAGUGAAUGAUUUUGUGGGAUCACUAUGUUACAUAUUGCCCUAGCUAGGGAUGGUUUCAAUCAAAGGAUUCACCAUCUUCUUUUAGUUUU